AUGCCUUCUAUCAGCUACGUGCACGAUAUUGAACGCCAGGCCGGCCUCGGUGUCCGGACUUUUUCACAAGUCAUCAAAAACAUGCCAGACUUUCGAGAUCGAGCGGGGCAAGGCUGCUUCCUCUGCCUAGAGAGUCCUAGACAUGGGCAGUAUGCUGCUCUCGUGCCGUGUCUUCGACCAGCGAAUGCCCGCCGAGUGAUAGGGCAUUCUGGGAUUUUCUCUGACAAUCCGAAACCAAUCUAUGAGAAGAUGAUGCCUUGGGACAGUGCCUGCGAGUCAGAUAGCGAUAUCUAUCAGAGAUUAGUCGACACAUGCUACCAGCAUCUGGGCCGGUGGAAGAGAUGGCUGCCUUACUACGGAAUCACUGAAGUGCUAGAGGUCAACUUUCAAUUUGCCGGGGUUAUCGACCCGGAUGGGCGCUAUCCUAUCCAGAUGGAUCCAGUUAAACCCGACAACGUCUUAGUGGACUGCGAGAGGAUUAUUGCAAGGCACCCAACCGGUCCAUACUUUGAUAUUAACGAUGUAUGCUUAGACGAUCAUCAUCACAGUUACCAAUGCCUCAUUGGUAUGGAGGAGUGGUCGCAACCGUGUAUCAGGGUUGACGCAGAGAAAGCAGAACAGCGCCGCAACCGGCUUCUGUUCUUAUCGCUCCUAAAGGACUGUGCUCGGGACCCGGCGGGAGCCAAUGGUCUGCAUACGUUGGAAGGUUUGGCGCAAGAGAGUUGCAUCUACGACACAAAGUAUUUAUAA